AUGAACAUACGUGGGUGCGAAUUAAUCACCCGCAACAUCAUAGCGAAUGGAAAUGACAGUUUUACGUAUGAAGUACCUCGAGUCGAAAGACCUGGCGGUCGUCGCGUCCAUGGUCCUGCCACUACCCCGCCUUACUGGCUGACCUUCAGAUUUCCGGAUGCCGAGGUUAUCAAUCGGCAUCGGAAUCUUCAUAUCUCUUACGUUGGCACAGUGACUCUGGAUGUUGGAACCGGGGUGCUGAGGGUCACCUCCGCGAUAACCAACAUUGGCCGGUUUCCUCCGCGAUCGUUCAUUGCCAAUUUGCGGAUCGGACCACUCGUAUCGGCAAUGGGGGUAGUGGUCGAAGUAGAGGAGCUCACGGUGAAUGUCAUGGGCCGGAGAGUGGAUUACACUGAAAAAUUCCAUCCCAGGGUCCCUUGGUAG